AUGGCGUUCGCAGGCAUUGACAUUGACAAGCCGGGCAAAUAUCCCAUUGUUCUCAGUGAUGCCUUAUUGGGAAAGACAACGAAAGAAGUCUACACUGGAAUGCGAUACAACCACAAACCCGACACUUCUGCCGAUUCAUCUAGUUCCACGCACCUCAAGCCUUCCGAUUCCGGUUCCAAUACCUUCGAUCUUUCCUACAAGGAUAAUAAAGACAAGUACUCUUACCAAGGUGUACGAGUAUCUGGUGACGGGAAAUAUGUCUUGAUCUACGAUCCACAGCAUAAGCACUUUGUGCUGCAUCGUAUCGAUUCGACCUUUGACAUGAACCUGGUUUCAGCCCCGUGGGAUCAAGAUGCAUCUUCUCUGAAAGACCAGUAUACGCAGAUAAGCACUCAGCAAACAAUCAAUACUACCGCAGCUCAGCCGCCUAAACGAAAGCCCUCCAAAGCGAAAGCGACCACGACCAAGGCGGAACCUGCAAAACCACGGAAGAAGGUCGAAAAGGUCACAAAACCAAAACCUCCUCCACGAGCGCCUACACCUGAUGAGGAAGAGGAGGAAUCCGAUGCUGGACUGGACAUAGAGGAUCCAGAUGGCGGCGCACCUGUCUCAUAUCAAUAUCACCCCUCUCCGACAUUCCAAAGACAAGAUAGCGAAGAUGCCAGUGAAGAGGACAGCGACGCGGAGGGAGAGGAGUAUGAGGAUGAGCGGAACAAAGAUGUUGAUGAUUUGAAACUACCAAGUCCGGCGAAUAAUACUGGAGGUGUAAGUGAGGAGGAUGAUAUGGAGUUAGACCUCGAAGCGGAGCUUGAACAGGCAUUCGCAGGGGAUGCUGAUGACAGUAGUGAGAGUGAAGAGGAGUGA